UCGUCCUGGGUCGGCAAUUUCAGCUGGUUUGGAAUUGUCGCAGCUUUAUUCAGGAAAUUGCUGACAGCUGAAGAUUCACCUCCCUGACAAACGGAUGCCAAUAGUUAAGAUGGCGGCGUAAAACAGCUUAAUUUUGCAAAAAGAACACGUCAGCCCUGGUUCCGGUUUACGAGCUCUAGGACCAAACAUGGCUGGGCGAGUUCAUAGUAAACGCAGACUUGAGCGUUUCCGGCUCAUAGAGUGCCAGUUCUAAAGAUGGCGGAGUCCGUGCUGGAAGUUGUGGAGAAGCUGCAAUCUAGAUUAUCGCUCAGGGCUGAGCCGAGGAAGCUGCAGAAGACACUGAAGAGACUUGGUGAUCUGCCUAUUACUGUUGAUAUUCUAGUGGAAACAGGAAUUGGGAAGACUGUGAACAGCUUGCGAAAGCAUGAAUUUGUGGGGGAUCUUGCCAAAAAUCUAGUUGCUCAGUGGAAGAAGCUAGUGCCCCAGGAAACGCCAAGAGCCAUAGAAUCUGAGGAGCGGGAACACAAUAAAAGCAGUGUCAAGAAGAGACCAAGGUCUCCAUCUCCUCGGUAUGAUGAAGAGGAGGAAUAUGAGGAAGAACUUUCACCAGUUUACGACAGCGAUGCUAGGUACAGGCAAAUUGAUGAACCACAGAGAGAAUUCAUAAAGGAGGAAAAGCAUUUGCGGCACUGUUCUGAUCAUGAGGACUCAGAUAAUGGUCAGGCAUAUUCUCCUGAACACAGUUACAGCCCCCCCAUCACAUACAAAGACAGAUCAAUCCAAAAACCAAAUAAAGAUCACAAAUCAUCUCACAAGGAAAAGCACCAACUAGAAAACAGGGGUAUAAAUCCAGAGAAAAAGAAAGAUAAAAUACACCAGUGGGAGACACAAAAAGAAUCCACAUCCUCUGCAGGAACGAGCUGUGAAAAGCUGUUGUCCCCUCCUACUAAAGACCAAAUAUGUAAGAAGGAGAAGAACAGACAUAGUGAAUCUAAAGGCCACUCCAUCAAUUAUGUAAGCACCAAAAAACAUAGCCACCAAGACAAAUCAAAACAUGAAAAGCACAGGGCGGCUGUGGACAUGCAGGAUACAGAGAUAGGCAAAAUACAAGUGGAGAGAGAUCCAGAGUCAACCAAUGAGAAGGGGGAGAAAAACAAGAGCAAGUCUGGAACAAAAGAGAAAAAGGCCAUUAAGUUAUUUGUGCCACCUAGUGACCCAGAUAUAGAAGAUGAGUUUGAGAAGCCAACAAUGUCCUUUGAAUCAUAUCUAAGUUAUGACCAACCCCAGAAAAAAAAGAAAAAAACAGUGCCCAAGACUGCGGCUGCAGAGCCUGAAAAGAUCAAAAAGAAGCAUAGUGAUAAUAGGUCAGACAACAGCAGGAGUAAGGACCUUCCCAAAAACAAAACCGUGACUCCUAACAAAGACAAAGCCACUAAGAAGAGAGAAUCAUCUUCAUCCACGAUAAGCAAGAUAGACCAGGUCCCAGUGUUACCUGAUAUUCCACUGCCUCUAAUCCAGCCAAAUUAUAGACCUCUCCCUUCUAUUGAGCCUGUGGUGUUCUUUCCCAAUAAACGGAAAGCUCCGUUGAUGUCUGCCCAGGAAGAGGAAGAAUCUGCAGGAUUUACAGGGCGUAGAUUCAACUCUAAAAUGCAGGUGUAUUCAGGAUCUAAAACUGCAUACCUCCCCAAAAUGAUGUCUCUCUAUGAACAGUGUAUCCGUGUCCUGGCUAACAACAUAGACUCUAUUUAUGAAGUGGGAGGUGUACCCUUUUCGGUUCUGGAGCCAGUUUUGGAAAAGUGCACACCAGACCAGUUGUGCCACAUUGAAGAAUGUAACCAUGUUUUAAUUGAAGACACAGAUCGCCUUUGGUUGAAUCACUGUCAAAGAGAUUUCAAGAAUAACAAGCCAGAGGAAUAUGAGACUUGGAGAGAACUGUACAUCCGCUUGCAUGAGGCUCGAGAACAGAGGUUGCGCCUGCUUACUCAAAAUAUCCGCUCCGCUCAUGCAAACAAGCCACAAGGCCGACAAGCAAAGAUGGCAUUUGUGAACUCGGCUGUCAAGCCCCCCCGAGAUGUAAAAAGGAGACAAGAAAAGUUUGGGACAGGAGCAGCAGCCGUCGUUGAAAAGGCCAGAAUUAAACCCUUCAUGCCCAUCAUUAGCACAAGUUACACUAGUAACCAUGGUCAAUCGGAGGAGCAGAGCCAGAGGUCAUUUGAAGGACCAAGCACCAGUAACGCAGUGUCCCCACCAGCCAGUGUUCAACCCAGUUAUGACUCACGCAAGCCACAAGUUAAAAAAGUUGCACCAAUGAUGGCCAAAACUAUAAAAGCUUUCAAAAAUAGAUUCUUCAGGCGAUAAGAUAAAAAGAUCAUGGACUAAAAAAUUUUUUUUUUUGAAAGAACACAGAAGACCUUUUUGGAACUUAAUAUACACGUCUCUCCUCCACAUAACUUUUACAAGCUGAAGAUUAUGUUUUGUGCUGUUACAUUCUUCUAUUUAUAGAAUUUUUAUAUACCAUCAGUUUUACACAUAAUGCUGACAAGGCUGGAAUUAUCGUUAUCAUUGUGGGGAAAUUAUUGUUGUAUCAUGUGAAUAUCAUCUGUCACCCUGCAGUGGCAGUGUGCUUGAGAUCAGUCUGAUUUAAAGUGCUUGUAAAGCAAACGUUUAGUCUUCUGUAUUCUUACUUUAUGUAAAGCAUGCAUCUGAUUUAUUUACAGUUCAUAGUCUAGGGGCGAGCUUGGCUCAUCCUAAAAGUCAAUUCUCUCUUUUUUUUAAAAAAAAUUUACAUUUUGUUAUGGGGAAGAGCCCCUUUACAUGUAUUUAUACCAUCAUUGACCUGUAUUUGAGUGUUGCUGUGUCAUUUAAAUUAGUUGUCAAUUGUUCUUUGCAGAGAGGUACUUUGCUCAGUAUCACAGGAUCUAAUGGACCAUUGUGCUGAAUUAUAAAAAAUGGUCGCAUGGCUUGAUUUUGGGAAUACAUAACAUAUAUGUGCUCCUGUGCAAUCCAGAUGACAGAUUUUUCCAGUCUAGUAUUGUACCUGUAUUUAUUUGUAUUUUCCAUGCAAAGUUCUGUGCAUUGAACCUCUGUCCUAGAGCAGAGAUGCAGUAAAAAAAAUAAAUCACUAAAAUAGGUGCAUUGAUAUAUCAUAGCAUAACCCAUGCGCUAGCCAGCAUUUCUGUAGCAGUUCAGUAUCAAGCCCAUGUCAAGUUGCAUUAAAGUUUCUAUGGGAAAAAAAUUCAAAUGGAUCCUCAGCUCAAAAGAUUUUCCACCAGGACUGAUUCAUUAUUAUAGUAGCAAUGCAUAUUUAUAAAGCGGCAACAUAUUAUUCUGCAGCGCUAUAAUAAAUACUGAAUAAGCCUAAGACUAUGUGGCUCAGGAAAGGAGCUAGAAUUGAUCCCAUAUAUAAAGUGAAGCCAGUUCUGCAGUUGCUGAACCAGUGGCUAAGUUGUAGCACCUUAAUUAAAGUGAAUUACUGGCUCAACUUCUUCUGUUGGUUGCACAUAUGUUUGUGAAUUCUAUCUAGUGUAACUAACAUCUGCUUACAGUACCAGAUCAUAAUGGUUUAAUUUUCCUAUUUUAAUUUAUUUGGGGGAAGGGGGGAGAUCUUGGUGCACACUUUAACAUGCCUGGCUUUGAGGCCAUAUGCUUCCCACUACUUUAGUCUGCCCAUAAAGAUGACUAACCUGUAGGCGGUGGGAAAGGAGCCCUAUAAAUGAUGUGGACUUUAUGAAGCGCCUGAUUUGUGUAAAUAAUAUUUUGUCGUUUCAAUCAGAUGAAAUAUUUUAAUUAAACAUAUAAACAAAUGAUUUUAUCCGGAUCUUAAUAAAAUGCAAACACUGGA